AUGAGUGAUUUGGUAAAGAAAGCCUGCAAACAACAUUCAUCAAUUGAAAAAGUAACAUUAGAAAAAAAUAAUAAUAACACUGAUAAUAAAAAGAAAAAAAAGGAUGUUAAAACUGAUUUGGUUGAAAAUAAUGUUACACGUACAGUUGAUAAUAAAGCAACACAAGCUGUAACUGUAAUAUCAAAAGAAAAAAAAAAUGAGGGAAAUAAAAAUGAAGGAAAUAAAAAAAGUGAAGAGAAGAAGAAAAAUGAUGAUAAGAAAACGAUAGAAGUGAAAAAAACACCAAAUCAAAAAACUCCUAAAUUGCCAUCAGUUAAAGAGCCUCGUGAUGCAAGUUUAUAUGAAUUUUUGGAUGGACCAACAAAAAAUAUAGAGAAUAAAGUGGAAGAAAAAUCAGCUAAAGAUGUAGAUGAUAAUGAUGAAAUAUUUGAAGAAAUGAAAAUAAAUAUGGACAAUGUAUCAAAAGAAGUAAAACCAGAACCAAAAGUAACUCAAGUUAAAUCAGUUAAAGAAUGUAAAAAUUUAUCCAAUAAAAUAAACUUUAAAACAGCUAUAAUUAAUGAAAUAAAAACUCCUGAAGCAGAAUAUGAAGCAUUAGAAAAUAUCAAUCUGAAUGUUCCUCCACCUUGUGACAAAGCUAAAGUUGAAGUACAACCAAUAUCUCCAACAGUUAUUAAUAAUCAAAAAGAAACUCAACCUGCACCAAUUGCACCUAAACAAGAUGAAAAAAAAGUUCCUAGUAAUGAUGUAAAAACAGGGGAAAAUAAAAGGGAAUUUGCAAAAAAAGCUUUUGCUGUUGUGAGUAUGACAAAAGAAGUAACUAAAACAAUAAUGAAAAAAUUAGUAAAAACUAAAACACCGGUAGUACAAGAAGAUAGUAAUAAUAAUGAAAAUGACAAUCAAAAAAAAGUUGAAACAAAGUGUACUGUGGUAAAUACAAAAAUGGUUGAAAACAAACUACCAAAAGCUCCUUUAAAAACUGCAACUUCAAACAAAACAAAAAAUUAA